AUGUUUUCCUCUAGAAGGCUUUCGAGGCCUGCUCAGCAGCCUCCGGCGGCCCCAGCGUCGGGAGCAUUGGCUGCAGCUAUGGUGAUUGGUAAGGCUCUGAAGGAGAACGACCACAAAUCGGGCCCUCUGAAUCUACCUAAGCAACCCCAAAGAAAUUCUCAGGCACACCGCACUGCAAGUCUCUUGGGCACAACGCGCGCCGCUAGUGCCACUUCAAACACCAGCAGGCCGAUUUCGCGGACAGGCAGUCUCAGAAACAUUCCAAAUUCGCCAGUCGUACAGACAAGACCUAUAAGAUCGUCCUAUGCAGGGCCCAAGCGGGCACAGAGUUUGACAAGUGCCGGGCCUCGCAAUCAACAGCCUCUUCACCACCAGGGCUCUCUCAAUGGUCCGAGUGCGCAUUACGAAGGAUUCGACAUGGAGUCCCCGGCUGCUUCCGCUUCGCCACGAAUGGUGAAAAAAUGGGUUCCAUCAGCCCACGGUCUAGUUUGUAUUGAAGUUCCUGCAGAGCAGUCCGCCCAAGAGUCUGCCAACGCCCGCAGAAUUGUGGCCCGUUCUGCAUCCAUGAACUCCUUAUCAAGCCGGGCUAGAAACCAAAGACUUGCAGCAAAGUCCGGUCCACCGCUGUCACAAAAGAAAAGUGUGCAGGGCAUGUAUACGCAGAAGAAUCAAAUGUCCGCUGGGCCUACCAUUGUGGAAGACGAGACUGAGGAUAAGAAAGAAACAGCAGAACAUAUCGUCCCGCCUCAAUCUGACACUAUUGUUGUUAAAUCUGAUCCUGCAGAGUCACAUGACGCUCUGAGGGAAGAGACUAAUGACUACUCAGAAGAUGAUAGGGAGUUAGCUGAACAGAAGCUGGAGGAGCUAGUCAGACAGAAAGAGCAGGAAAUAUUGCAGUCUGUGCUGCAACAACAGGAGCUGGAAGCUGCACACUCUCUGGUAUCCGUGUCCAACGAGUCGGUUUCCAUUCAAAAUCCGUUGGAUACAUCGAGUUUCUCCAAGGCAUCGCUGUCAGGAUCCUCCAACGGCUACGACGAGGUAUCUUUCGUCGAUGGAUACACCGGUGGCUCCACCGACAAUCUUACCGCGAAGGAAAAUUCAGGAAAUACAGAAACUGCAGAUGAGUCAUUGGUGACAGAUACCAGUGCUGACCGGACGUUCCAGGAAAGCGACACCGCCACGUCAAACACCACGCAGGACAUGGGCCAAACCAUGGCGCAAAGACUCAGACCGACACUCGGGUUCCAAAGAUCGUCACAGGAGCAGGUUUCCCCUCCAUCGCAACCAACCAACGAUCCAGAAAUUCCGGUUCGCUCGUCCAAGAGACCAUCCAUCAGCAAGUUGGAAGACAUCGAUGGCUCGUUGAGUGCUACGCCGGAAAGAGCACCACGGCAGGUUGCUGAGACACCAAAGAUAAAGUCCGUUUUGAAAAAUACCAAUAGCUCUUCCAGAUUGUCUGUGAACGAUGUGGCAGCCUCUUCUCCUGCCUACCUCUCUUUGGCCACGGCAGAGAACACCAGAUUGAACGCAAUGGCUUCGUCAUCGUCUCUCAAUUUGUCGCAGCAACCGCGCGCAUCUCCAUCGCAUAAGAGAGCUCCUCAGCCGGAAAAACUAACUAGGCAACCUCCUAAUGAGCACAAAGGAACGCGGCUUAGUCUGCGCAAUACGCAAACGGCCCCGCAAAAAGGCAGGCGUGACUCCGUUGGUGGCUUACCAUCCAACAGCUCAACGCCAGCGCAUCUAGCAGCAGCUACAAAAGCCGCACAACAUCAUAAUCCGCAACAAUUCGAGCCAACUCAAACGACAAAGAAACAUGAGUACAAGGCUGCGCCAAAGUCAGAGGCUCAAAUGCGUGCGGCUGAACUUUACAAGAAAGCUAACGAAAGAACGAGUCGUCGUGAAUCUAUUCUUAAUGUUCAAUAUGUACAACAGGUUGGCGUGAAGCUUGAGAGGACCUCAUCGUUUGAAAAGAACCAGGAGGCCAAAAGAGCCAACAGGUUCACGCUGAGAGAUGAGCCCGCUUUUGCGUCGGCUCAGGAACAACCACAACAGGCACAAGCCUAUCAGGCUCCAUACAAAUCGCGUUUUGAUGACUAUGAUUCCGACGCUGAGGAAGGGAACGGACAACUUAAUGGCAAGCCAUCUCGGAAUACACUGAGAAGCAUUAGUGCAGAACAACCGCGGACGCAGCAACAGCCAGCACAGCAAAGGUUUUUCAGCGAGCAGGCUGCACAAGGCAAGGCUCCUGAAGAGAAAAAGAAGAGGUUUGGCAAGCUGCGCAAGUUGUUUGGCAAGAACGCCAAGCAUUAA